UGAAGUCAGGAGGACAGCGUUUCUCUUGACGUCAAGGCAGCCUGGGGGUAUUAAAGAAGUCAGCUCCUGCCUCCUUAUGUGCACUGAGCGAGCAGUAACCCCACGGAGAAGGACCACAAUCGACUCCCAGCUCCCCAACUCCUCUCCCUAACUUUCAUAGACUCUGGGCUGUAGCAAAGUGAAGACUCAACUGCUGCUACAAUGAGGAUUGAAAUGAUGUGGCUGUUGCUCUUCCUCGGUUUUUACGCCAUGUGUUCAGUUUCUGCAGCUUAUACUGAAACAAUACCAACGGAAGGCGAACUCCUGGAUCAUCUUUAUGCUUUAAAGUUGUUUCAGGCACACCAAGACUAUGGUGACUAUGAAGAUUCAGAACAUAAGAAAGAAAAACACCGAAAGAGAAAAUACCCAUAUAUUUUAAAAAGACAAGUGCGUAUUGGAAAAUCACGUAGGCCUUAUAUACUGAAACGAAAUUCUGUCUUCUUGAUGAAUUAAUAUUUGAAUCCAGGUAUAAUUUUCAAGUAAAAUGUGUGAGUCUUUACUGGUUACCUGACUGCACAUAUUACUGUGAAUAAUUUCAUGUUAUUGAACCAAUUUAUUCUGAUGAGAGAAGAUAUUAAAGAACAUGAAAUAUACGCAGAAAAGUGUUUCAAAAGAUACAUUUUAUGUUUCAACGAUGUGUAUCCUUGGAUCCUCUUGAUCAAAAGAGGAGAUACUCAAACUUUGCAUGCUGGGGGAAAUUUUGCAUUUCUGUGCUUCCCAGAGUGCAUAUUGGAUAAUUUUGCAUUGCCAACCUGCAGUCUUUAUUCAUAAAAUUAAGAUGGUGUAAAGGAACAAGUUGAGUGAGUGCAAUUUGUCAAUAUGUAUUUCCAGCAUCAGGACCUCAGAAGCAGAACAUUGCAACCACAUGUUUUCCUUUUACUUGUUGUGAAAGUGCAGUUGGUUUGAAGUCAGUACAUUUGAAAAUGAGUAAAUCUUAUGUGACUAAUGGUGUGAAUGUUUAACUUGAGAAAUUAAAAUUUUCUGCAUGAGAUUCCUCAGGUUAUGAUCAGAAUUGUAUGUUCAGAUAUGCUACUGUUUAUCGGUCCUAGAUCUAUUGUCAUCACAUUGUACACAACAAAUCCUUUUUUGUCAGAUGUAUUGACUGUAAAUAUCAAAUAAACUUCUGUUAA